AUGCCGGACGAGCUGACGGAGCCCGGGCGUGCCACGCCGGCCCGCGCCUCCUCCUUCCUCAUCGAGAACCUGCUGGCGGCCGAGGCCAAGGGCGCCAGGCGCGCGGCCCAGGGCGGCCGCGAGGACGAGGAGGACGACGACGACGACCCGGAGGACGAGGACGCAGAGCAGGCGCGGCGGCGGCGGCUGCAGCGGCGGAGGCAGCUGCGCGCGGGCGCGGGGCCCGGCGGGGAGGCGCGGGCGCGGGCGCUGCUCGGGCCGGCGCUGGGCCUCGGUCCCCGGCCGCCCCCCGGCCCCGGGCCGCCCUACGCGCUGGGCUGCGGCGGCGCCACGCGCUGGUUCCCUCGGGCGCACGGCGGCUACGGAGGCGGCCUCAGCCCUGACACCAGCGACCGGGACUCACCGGAGACGGGCGAGGAGAUGGGCCGCGCCGAGGGCGCCUGGCAGCGAGGCCCCGGGCCCGGAGCGGUGCAGCGAGAGGCCGCGGAGCUGGCAGCGCGGGGCCCGGCGGCCGGCGCGGAGGAGGCGGCGGAGCUGGCUGAGGCCCCGGCGGCGGCGGGCGAGGCGCGCGGCGGCGGCGGCGUGGGCGGCGGUCGCAAGAAGAAGACGCGCACGGUCUUCUCCCGCAGCCAGGUCUUCCAGCUCGAGUCCACCUUCGACCUGAAGCGCUACCUGAGCAGCGCGGAGCGCGCGGGGCUCGCCGCCUCCCUGCAGCUCACCGAGACGCAGGUCAAGAUCUGGUUUCAGAACCGCCGCAACAAGUGGAAGCGGCAGCUGGCGGCCGAGCUGGAGGCGGCCAGCCUGUCCCCGCCGGGCGCGCAGCGCCUCGUCCGCGUGCCGGUGCUCUACCACGAGAGCCCCCAGGCCACGGCCGCCCCCGGGCCCCCCGCCGCCGCGCUGCCCUUCCCGCUGGCGCCCGCCGCGCCCGCGCCGCCCCCGCCGCUGCUCGGCUUCCCCGGGGCCCUAGCCUACCCGCUGGCCGCCUUCCCGGCCGCUGCCUCCGUGCCCUUCCUGCGGGCGCAGAUGCCUGGCCUGGUGUGA